UGUAGACCAGGAAUACAUUCAUGUUCCCUGAGCUCCAGGAAAAAACAACCCAAGCACCUCAACUUCUAAAAACGGUUUCCUAAAAAAUACAAUUUCCAAACUAUUUUACGCAAGAGUUGUGAGUAUUCACAGACCAACAAUACGAGAAAAAUAACACAAAAACGAAGAUAUAGCCUAAUUUUACUGUUAUGAAUCGAGAAUGAGUACCACAGAAGACAGCGGAAGCAAGUGCUCGUCGGCCCCAAUUUCCAGCUUCACUAUUCAGUCGAUAUUGGGCACGUCGUCGGAGAAGCCACGGUCGGGGGCGAAGGAGAGUUCCAAGGGAUUGCAGCUGGCGAGGAAGCGCUCGCUGUCCGUGUCUUCAGAAGAGGAGUGCAGCGGUGGGGAGGACUCUGCAGAAUGUUUCUGUUCGGAUCCUGGUCACAGCGAGCCAUGCAACCAACAUCAACCACUUAAUUUUUCAUGUUUAGGUGAGUAGAUUACUGAAUGUAAUUUGAGUUGUGCGUAAAACGUAGGCCUAAUUAUUUGAUGGUUUUAGAUUUUGUUUGUAUUCCCCUCGCUGACAUUUUGUCUUCGAAAAUAUAGGCUUCCAAUGUAAAAAGGUGAAAUAGGCUACAUGAUGUAUAAAUCAAUGCAUGGUAUCUAACGGGACAUUAUUAUUAUUAUUAUUAUUAUUAUUAUUAUUAUUAUUAUUAUUAUAUAUUUAUUAUUAGGCUAUUAUUGUAGCCUAAUAAUAGGUCAACAAUAGUCUAAAGUAGGCUGGGACUAAUGAUAAACGUAUUUAUGAUAAACUUCGGCAGACGUAGCGUAGUACUUGUUGCAGUUUAAGCUUGUAAACUUAGAGAACUCUAUAGUAGUCUAUGUUUGUGACUGCAGAUAGUUAGUAGGCUAUCACUUCACUUUGUUUAAUGUGUCGCAUUACUGCUACAUCCGCGAACAGGGGAAAGGUCAAAUAAUUAACAGGAUGUUUCCCCGUCAUUCCAAAUUUAAUCGAGUCUGCUAAUUGAUUAAUUUUUUUCUAAAACAAUGACUGCAUUUCGUCAAUUGAGCGUUAAAUGUAACCUGAUUUAAUUAAUAUUGUGCACCAGGCAUAGUCUAAUUAAAUUGUUUAUUUAAAAGGGCACUUAUAACCUUUCAACGGUCGAUGAAUGAGUCAAAGUUCACACUUAAUGAACUCUUGUACCGAGUAUCGAAUAAUGUUCUUGUUUUAACAGGGAUGUUCUCAACCUGGGUAGGCCAACACAAAGCAUUUGAAAAAUAAGCGUGAAACCUUUGAGACAUAUUCAACAUUUUGAGACACAAAAUUGAUAAGCUGAUCUAAAGACAAUAGACUAAAGCAUCCAGUAUCUUUAUGUGAUGCAUUUAUCUUGAGGGUAGGCCUACAUCAUUUGUCAAUUUUGAUAGGCUACAGAUGAUACCGAGGAGGACAUUGGGAAAUCAGUUUGUUGAAAUAUUUUGACAUCAUUUUUAUUUUAUUUCCUUUCCGACACACAUAUAUACUGGUCUUUUUCCUCAAUGCAGGUGCAACAACGGGACUUAUUUCAGGCCGUGACGGGAUUGCACGGCGAACGCACUUGACACAGCCUCUGCUACAGGAUUACAAAGAGGAAAAAGAGAGACCAUGCAAUCCAAUGUCACCUAUUUCCGAGGAGAGACAGACAGACGGUGCGGACAAGCAGAGCAACUCGUCCAAGAAGAAGACUCGUACCGUCUUCUCGCGGAGUCAGGUGUACCAGCUCGAGUCCACGUUUGAUAUGAAGAGGUAUUUGAGCAGCUCCGAGCGAGCCUGUUUAGCAUCCAGUCUACAGCUAACAGAAACUCAGGUGAAGACGUGGUUUCAGAACCGCAGGAACAAAUGGAAGCGACAACUGUCGGCGGAACUGGAGGCCGCGAACAUGGCACACGCCUCCGCACAGACACUGGUCGGAAUGCCGCUUGUUUUUAGAGAUAGCUCCCUGCUCCGGGUACCAGUUCCAAGAUCUAUCGCUUUUCCAACGCCACUAUACUACCCUGGCAGCAGCCUACCAGGGUUACCGUUGUACAAUCUGUAUAACAAGAUUGAAUAUUGACUUAAUGCCUGUGAUGAGAGUCCACAAAAAUAACACGUUAUCACACUACCGUAGCCUACAUUCGUAUACAUGUCUGGCAUAACUCAUGUCUAUUAUAUCA